AUGGGUAUGAUCAUCUCCCAGAUUUUUAACAAGUUCACCUCCAAAACACCAGUCCGCAUCCUGAUGGUGGGUUUGGACGCUGCUGGAAAAACCACCAUUUUGUACAGAAUGAAGCUGAAUGAAGUGGUCACUACCAUCCCCACCAUCGGUUUUAAUGUGGAGACGGUGGAGUACAGGAACAUCAGCUUCACGGUUUGGGACGUGGGAGGUCAGACCAUCAUCAGACCCCUGUGGAGACACUACUUCAUCAACACACAGGGCCUGAUAUUCGUAGUGGACAGUAAUGACCCCGAGAGGAUCAAAGAAGCAGCGAUGGAACUACAGACUAUGUUGGAGGAGGAUCAGCUGAGGGACGCAGCUUUACUGAUCUUUGCCAAUAAACAGGAUCUGCCCCGCGCCAUGACGACCUCUGACAUCACAGACGCCCUCGGCCUAUCAGCUGUCUCCAAUCCCUGGAUGGUUCAGGCGUCGUGUGCCGUCUCUGGGGCAGGUCUCGCCGAGGGUCUGGACUGGCUCUCAAACCACAUCCACAAAUGA